AUGACAUCCGACAAGGUUUUUCGAGAGGAAAUGCGCACAACAUAUAUCAACUAUGUGGACAAUCCACCUGGUACCAAGAAAUCAAGGCUCGUUUACCCCAGGCUCCUCGAAGAGCGGUCGUCCGAAGGUGGAAUGGUGGUACGGGUGCACGACGACUUGACGUUGAACCUUAGAAAAGGGUCAGUGGCAGCUCGCGAACUUCGUGUCCUAACGGAAGAAAAUGGACGUCUCGUCACGCAAUUCUACAACGGGGAAGACAUAGAAAAACAUCUUUACGAAGACGAGGAGAAAAUUGCUACUGUCAUGGUGACCAAAACAGGAAAUGGUGUCCGCAUGGAAGGGCUAGUUAGCCCCAGUCACAGAAUACAGCCGAUGCACGUCUCUGCAAAGUCUGAAGACGGCGUUGUUCCUCACGAGAUCCACGAGAUUGAGCACAAGGAAAUGCUGGACAAAACACUUACUUACAGACGUAAAGAUGCCGUUCCGAGUGAACGAACGUCGUCGUGGUCUCGAAGAGGCCGAGUCCCAUCGCUUGUAACCAUUGAAGUUUUCGUUGUUAUGGACACAUGGCAUCACCGCUUCUUCAAUAGCACAAAGCAUGCGCUCUGGUAUCUAUGCAUCAUGGUCAACUCCGCAAAUAUAAGGUACAGAGCUGCUUCAAAUCCAGGGGUGAAGCUGCUUCUUACCGGCGUGGAAAAAGCUAUGCAAGAAGCCUACGUUGUGUCCCCAGAGCCCGGAUAUCUCUUUGACGACGGAACAAUAACAUUGUUCAGAAAGCACGCUGUCGGGAAAAAGAACGAGUACGGCCGCCCAGACGUUGUGUUCCUCGCAACCGGGCGCAACGUGUUUACAUUUUACAAUGGUGCACUGACUGACGCUGGCUUGGGUAUCGGUUAUGUGUCUGGGGUCUGCACAGAGUCCUACGUAGCACUGGGGGAAGACAAUCCCGGACUUUUCAGCGGAAUGCACACCUUCACCCACGAAGUUGCCCACCUCCUGGGUGCAAAGCACGAUGGAGAUGACCCGGACGUGAACAUGCCCGGCCAUCCUGGUGCCGCGCGCUGCUCGUGGAGUCUUGGGCACAUCAUGAGCUACGUUAACAACGGUCCGCCUCACCACCGGUUUUCUACGUGCACCUUGGAGCAAAUUAGUUACGUUCUGAGACGUGCAGGUGAAGCAUGCUGGAAAAUAAUCUCGGAAGGGACUUCCGUGAAGAACGUGUACCCGGGAAUGGCAGUGUCGUUUCGAAGGUUCUGCGCAGUUCUGCCUUACGACAAACAAAACUCGACGUUCGAUUACGCCACCGUAAACCAAGCAACCUGCCAAGUGCGCUGCCAUUUCUACAAGGAGAUCAUGUCCAUAUUUAGCGAUAUGCCACCUGUGCGCAUGAGCUUCCACUACGAAGCAGAAGCACUGGACUACAUGCCUUGCGGCGAUCGUCUGUAA